AUGUUGUCAUCAUUAACUCACUGUUGCCCUGGUCUAUUGGGUGGAGGUGGAGGAGGAGGAUGUUGUGGUGGUUGCUCAUGCUGUGGAGGCUGUGGUGGCGGUGGUGGAUUGCUUGGUCGUCGCAAACGAUCUGUUGAAGAGAGCUGCAACAGUGAUGAGUUGAAAGAAAUUUUAUUGCAGAAUAUGGUGAACGAUGAGGAGAAAUCAAAAGAGCAGAUUAUUGAGGUGUUAUCGAGAAGGACAAGCUUCUAUUCAGUUUUUUGUUCGAAUCAAACGACAGACUUGACAUAUUCUAAUAACUUGUUAUUCUGUACUGUCUCUAACUCCUUAUUCAGUUGCACAGCUUUAUCUCAGUAG